AGACACUUGCUACACAGCUGCGAGUGUGCGAGUUCGAGUGCGAGUUGCGUUGCCUACAAUAUCAGUUCUAACCUGCUGCAGGUGGUGAGCAAAACCAGCCAAUUGAAAACCAAACCAAAACUGACCGCAACAGCCAGCGCCACCAUAACCGUUGACUCAACGGCAGCAGCAGCAGCAGCAACAACAACACCAGGAGUAACCACAGAAGUAGUGUCUGAGGGGCACGUGGCGCCUUACCUUAGUUUCCUGGCUGUUAUUUCGGGGCCAGAGCCACUUGAAGCCACGUGCACAUGUUCCUGGCAGCCUGUGCCCCCCGGGCCAGAGGUUCAAUUGAAGCUGCUCUACUGUCUGUACGGAUGGGCUGCUCACUGGAUGGGAAAUUCAUGGCCACUUAAAUACUAUAAAAUAGACCAAACGGCCGGCACUAAAAUCCAAAAGUUGCGCCACGCUCUGAAACUUUACCUUAGCUUUGGUGUCUAUUCUCUUGCCAAAUACACAUACUCCCUUACACACAUACACUCGAACGUGCACACACACAGUCUCACACACACACAGACACACCUUGUGUGCUUUUAUGGUUCAUCAUUUUUUGGGCAGCAGCAGCAGCAACAGCAGCAGCGAAUGUGGCAUAAGCAGCGCUGCAUAAUCAGCAAACGCAACUGCAAAGGCGACAACGACAAUGACAACGACACCAACAGCAUCAGUAACAGUUACAGUAACAACAACAAGAAGAGCGACAGCGACAACGACACCGACAACAUUUAUCAUACGAAAUGCACGUGCCAAGCGUUUGCCAUGGUUGCUUCCGUUACAGCAUGA